AUGGCAAGCAUGCUGCAGGAUUUGCGCGACGAGUGGCAAGCCUUCGAGAAUCUGCUGGAUGGUCUCUAUGGGUGGCUGGCAUCUCCGACAUCACUGCUUUAUGAUGCGGCGCUUCUACGAAGGGUACACCAGUACAUGGACAGAGUCUUGAAAAUCCUGUUGGACGUGGUCCGACGGAACGGCUGCACUGUGAUCCAUGCCUCUCACAGCAAG